AUGAUAGGUGCUAUUAAUAAACUAUUUAGGAAUGCAGCAGCUAUAAAGGGUAAAAAUGAGUUUGAAAAGGUAAAAUCGAAUCCUCUUUAAAUACCAUUAAGACUAACUAUUUAUUAGAAACUUAUUAAAGCAUCUUAUUCAGGAGAUAUGAAAGAACCUAAAGAAAAGCAUGUUAUUUUUAUUCUAGAAUGCUUAAAAGGUCGACAUCUAAAGCUUAUUAGACCUAAAGAGGCUUUGAAAAAGUUAUCAGAUAGAUUCUUUACUAACCUGAGAAGCAUUUCCCUGAAUUUGAAAGUGCUGAUAAUACUACACAGAGCUCUUCAGGAAGAAGAAAUCUCAUAAAUUGUAGCACAUAAGAUCAAAGAGAUGGAAUAUAUUCUUAAACCAUGCCAAAAUGAUGAUUAAUCGCAGGACAUAAAAAUGCAAUGUUUUAUCAGCGAUCUCUACAUAAAUUAUAUCAAGAACUUGAUAAAUUUCAUCAUAAUAAGCUAGCUUUUCCAAAUCAGUUUGAAAGAUAUAAAUCAUUAUGCUAGAAGCUUGAUGUUAGUGGAACUUUUCCUUAUAUUCAGCAAGAUCGACAGCUUGAUUGAUGGAAUACUUAAGGUUUUUCAAUAGAAAAACUAUUGUCAAAACUAUAGAAUAUUUCAUGGAGUCAUCUAAUUACUCUUUGUUGAUUUACUCAAGAUAUAUCAGUCUUACUACCUUUUGACCAGUGUGAUGCUACAAAAAUUUGAGGAGAUGGAGCUGAGAGAUGCCAAACGAGCUUUCAUUGUCUACCUAAAUUUCAUUAAACUUAACCGUGAGAUUAGAAAGAUCGCAGCAGUUAUUAUUCAGGAGUUUAACAUAAAGCUAGAUUUAUUCUUUUACGAUAUAGACACUAGAGUAGCAGAGGCACUUAAGUUGUCUAUUGAAGUAAGAGAACGCAAAUAGAAAAAGGAAAGCAGAGACACGGGCUCGGUGGAAAGUAGUUUAGCAUAUACAACUAACACAUCACCUAUUAAUGCUGCAUAGAAAAUUCAAGUAGAAAAGAUAGAAUUUAUGUCUGAGUCGAAAAGGAUUCGGAGAAAUUCCAACAUGAUGCUUGACAUUUAAGGCAUAUAAGGAGGCUAGAAGCCUUUUGAAAAGGAUGAUUUCACAAAUGUUUAACGCACAGCUACUGUUGAUUAUAUUCCGUUUGCCAAUAAUUUAGGGACCUUAAACAAACUCGAAAAAUCAGAAACAGUUAAAAAGACUGUUAAUCCAAAUAUCCCGAUUUUAGAGUAAUAUAAGAGUGAUCCUAUUAAAACCAGGAUGGAAUUGCAGUUCAGAAAUAAUGAUAAGAUACUUUAGAAAUAUGAAAAUUACUAUAAUGAAAAUGUAUUGGGGAAAAAUAAAAAUGAAAAUACCAAUGUAUAGUCAAAUAACAGAAUAUAAUUAGAUGAAAAUAUUACAGUAUAGAAGCAAUAUGAAAAGAGCAAUACAUCUGCUAUAGAUAAGUUGAUUGGUCUUAAGAAAUUCAAAUCACAUUCUGAUAAAGACAUAGAUGAUGCUUAAUCAAAUUCUAGGAUCCAGCCAUAAGCAAUAGCAGCUUAUUAAAAUUACAAUCCUGACCAUUAGUCUGCUAUUAAAAUAAAUCUAUCAGAUGAUGAGGGAUUCAAAAGUGUAGUACUUGAGGAUAUCUUUGAAGAGAACAAGGAAUUGUAGUCUGCUACUCCUGGAGGAAACAAUUUUUACUUUAACAUUAACAAUCGUAAUAAUCAGCAUGGGAAGGAAAGCUUCUUUGAUCUAGAUUCAUUUUUAUUCUCCAAAGACAAUAUAAAUAAAGAAAACAAGAAUACUUUUAACCUCCAGUCUUCAAUGAAUGUUUAAUAGUCAUAUGUAAACCCCUAGAGUGCCGCGCAGUCUGUAAAGUUCUUUUCAGAAGACUUGACUCCAAAUAACUCUAAUGGUUAUGGAAUAAGUGGUGCGUAUAACCAUUAAGAAGACGAGAGCUUCCAAAGUUGCAAAGAUUUAGACUUCUAAUGA